CGUUCUCGCUCGGAGAGAACGAUUGAAAGUUCUCCUGGACCUGGCUGCUGCAUAUGUUUAAUGUUAUCCGGCGUAUGCUGUAUUAAUUAUGAUUUUGCAAACUCUCCGACCAUCGCUGCGUUUGCUCCGAUGCACGCGGAGGAUGCCGGCAGCCCUCUCGCGAUUCUAUCAUGGGGAUAAAGUGGCAACAAUCGGCUCGCUGCAGGAUACGCAAUCAGCGCUUUUUCAGGAGAACUACGAACGAAUGCAAACUUUAGUUCAGGAGCUGAAAGACAGGGCAGAUAAAAUUAAAUUAGGGGGUGGAGAGAAAGCCAGGAAACUGCACACUUCCAGAGGGAAGCUGCUACCAAGAGAACGCAUCGACAGACUUCUGGACCCUGGGUCCCCUUUUUUGGAGUUCUCCCAAUUUGCAGCUUACCAGUUGUAUGGUAAGGAGGAGGUUCCAGCAGCGGGGAUCAUCACAGGGAUUGGACGAGUUUCAGGGGUAGAGUGUGUCAUAGUUGCAAAUGAUGCCACGGUCAAAGGAGGCACGUAUUACCCAGUCACCGUGAAGAAGCACCUCCGUGCCCAAGAAAUAGCUCAGCACAACCACCUGCCAUGUAUAUACUUGGUGGACUCUGGAGGGGCCAAUUUGCCCAGGCAGGCAGAUGUGUUCCCCGACCGCGAUCACUUCGGCCGGAUCUUCUUCAAUCAGGCACGGCUGUCCUCUGAAGGCAUAGCCCAGAUAGCCGUUGUGAUGGGUUCCUGUACUGCGGGAGGCGCAUAUGUCCCUGCCAUGGCGGACGAAAGCAUCAUUGUGCGCAAGCAAGGGACCAUUUUCCUCGGCGGGCCUCCACUGGUAAAAGCCGCGACAGGGGAGGAGGUGUCUGCUGAAGACCUCGGGGGUGCUGACCUCCACUGCAGAAAGUCUGGUGUCACUGACCACUACGCCUUGGAUGACACUCACGCACUCCAUUUAGCCAGAAAGGCAGUGCGAAGCCUAAACUACCAGAAGAAACUUGACGUCACUGUGGAACCCCCGGAGGCCCCAAUGUUCCCAGCCGAUGAACUGUACGGCAUUGUUGGGGACAACCUGAAGCGUAACUUUGACAUCAGAGAGGUCAUUGCACGAAUUGUGGAUGGAAGUAAAUUUGACGAGUUCAAGGCCUUCUAUGGAGACACACUUGUCACAGGUUUCGCAAGGAUAUUCGGUUACCCUGUGGGAAUCAUUGGCAACAAUGGCGUCCUGUUCUCAGAAUCUGCAAAGAAAGGAACACAUUUCAUUGAAUUGUGCUGUCAAAGAAAUAUCCCACUACUGUUUCUGCAGAACAUAACUGGCUUCAUGGUGGGGAGGGAGUACGAGGCCGGGGGAAUCGCUAAGGAUGGAGCCAAGAUGGUGACGGCGGUGGCCUGUGCCAACGUGCCGAAGAUCACCGUGAUCAUCGGGGGCUCGUACGGGGCGGGAAACUACGGCAUGUGCGGGAGGGCUUACAGCCCCAGAUUCCUGUACAUGUGGCCCAAUGCACGUAUAUCUGUCAUGGGCGGGGAGCAGGCAGCCACUGUGUUGGCCACCAUCACAAAAGACCAGAAAGCACGUGAGGGCAAGGAGUUUACAGCAGAGCAGGAAGCCGCCAUGAAGGAGCCCAUCAUCAGACGGUUUGAGGAAGAAGGCAGCCCAUAUUACUCCAGUGCCAGGCUAUGGGAUGACGGGAUCAUCGACCCGGCCGACACCCGCCUGGUGUUGGGCCUGAGCCUCAGUGCGGCACUCAACGCCCCCACUCAGAAGACCCGUUUUGGUGUCUUCAGGAUGUGAUGUAAUCCGGUGAAAACGCGGUUGUGGCUUCAGGAUGCUAGACUGCAGAAAUGAAAUAAGCGUCAUGCAUAGAUUUAUUGACUUUACACUAAUAGGGGGGUACUGGAUUUUCUUUGUACUUGUUCCACUAG